AUGGGUUUCUUCGACUUGAACAUACCCUACCACGAGUCUGACCGCAAUACCGUCGACAAAUCCUCCCUACAGAGUCGUCGAUUGAAGCUUGCCCUGAAAGCCAUGGAGCUCGGCUACACCGGCGUCGCAUACAAUCGCACCCUCAAGGGCGUCAUGUCCGAGUCCGACCGCUGCUCCAUUCCUUUGUUCCCUCUCUCUAAACUCACUCCUUCCUCCUCCGCGUUCUUCUCUGCCGUUAAGUUCCACCGUGACCUCAUGAACAUCGCCGUUUCUUCCUCUUUCCGCCAGUACACUCGUCUCACGGUAAUCGUAGAUAUUGCCUCCCAUGCCUUGGCUCUUAAUGCGGGGAACCCUAUCAUCAGGAGCUAUGAUAUUGUUGCUGUUAGACCUAUGAACCAGAAUGCCUUCGACCAGGCUUGUCAAACCGCAGAGGUGGAUAUGAUCGCGAUUGAUUUCUCGGACAAGUUGCCAUUUAGGUUGAAGCAACCAAUGGUCAAAGCCGCCAUUAAGCGGGGGGUGUACUUUGAGAUCAAAUACUCUGGUCUUCUUUCUGAUGCACAAACAAGACGGCAAAUUAUAUCCAAUUGCAAG